CUAUAUAUAUAUUAUAUAUUUCCUAUUAUCAAAUAUUUUGAACAAUUGAAGACAAUCACAAACCGUGUAAAAUGCACACAAUCAACAGCAAAACCCUCACGGCCGAGGAACUGGCCGAUUUACACAAAUGGCUACAGCAGUACGAUAUAAAUACAUCACGAUUGCGACGCGAAUUCUCAGAUGUUUUGCCCUUGGCGGAGAUGAUGAAACGGGAUCAUCCACGUUUGGUUGAUUUAAACAACUUUCCGAAGCGCAGCAGCGUCCAGUUGAAGGUGGCCAAUUGGGAGACGUUCAACUAUAAGAUAUUGAACAAAUUCAAUUUGACAUUGGGUCGUGAAUUUAUCGAGCUUCUCUCGACGGGCGCCCCUGGGGCUGCCGAGGUGCUACUGCAUGAGAUCAUGAGACUGAAGAAGCGUCAACGUGUGGUGGAGACAAGGAAUGCGAUACUCGCCCAGGAGCAGAUCUGGGAGGAGAACGACGAGGUGAAGACGGUGGUGGUCAACAAACAGGUGGGCGACGGCAUCGUUCAGGUGCCCCAGAAGAUGAUUCUCUAUUCGCUCUAUGAGAAAAUGGCACGCGACAAUCAGGCUAAGGAUCUGAUCAUUGAAGCCAACCAGAAGCGCCUCGCCCACAUGGAGAAUAUCAUCAAGGUGAAGACCGAGCGCAUCGACGAGCUGCUCAUGCAAAUGGGCAAGGUGCCCAACAAGCUAUGCGGCAACAGUCCACGGCUGCAGUGCUCCAGCAUCCCACGAUUGCCAUCCACAUCAAUGAUCAGCUAUGAGGCUCUGGGUGCUAUACGUAAGCGACAUCCAAAUACGCCAGCCUCUUCCGAUUAGAAACACACAUACACACACGCGAUGAGGGUGCGGGAUGGCGAGAGGGCGGGCAGCAAGAUAGAAGGGAGGGGAAUGCGAAUGCGAAUGCGAAUGGGGAAGAGAAUGAGAAAGGAGAAGGCGAAAAGAAAAACAUCAAGAAAACGGAAAAAAAAGUGAGUUAGAAAAUACUGAGAUUGUUCAGAUAAAUUAAUGGAUCGAUGAGAAAAUUAAAGGUAAACUACGACAUACAAGAGAGGAAUACAAGGAGGGUCGGCAAGGAAGAGAGAGGAGGACAAAAUUAGAGAGAAAGUCAGCAUGGCUAUUGUCAAGAUCUCACAUCAUCACCACACAAAUAUACAAACACACACACACACACUUAGAUGCAGGCAUAUAUUUUUGUUAGCGUAGUUCGAUCCAACUGCAUUCGCAUGUUUAGUUUUUCAUAAAAUAGUAUUCCAAUGAAAAUUUUUUGAUAUUUUUGGACAUCAUCCAUACAUCCAGUAUUUCGCUUAUACGAACUAACCAAAUUUAAAC